CUUGGCUUAUUUUUCUAAGAAAUAGACUAACACUGAUCUCACUAGUAGCAUUGUUAAUAUUAAACAAGAUAGCUAAUCGCUUUAAAGCAUCUAAUCACAGUACCCCCACAAGUAGUAGUAAAACAGCAAAUCAUAGCCAGGAGUGGACAAAAAGCGCUGGGAGUAUUAAACCUGGUAGAUUUGGAGUCUGGGCAGGGCCUAAGAGGAUGGCAUCAGCGGAUUGGGCCAGCCAAAGGGGGCGGGUUCAGAGGGAGGAGCCAGCUGCCUCCCGCGGCAAGCCCCGAGCUUUGAAUCAAGCGCGGUAGUUUCAGCUGUAGCCAAUCCUAGAACAAAAUCUUCUUGCGUCAGUUGUUGCUGAGGCCCAGAUCUCACCCAGAUCAGUUCUAGUCGCUGCUGCUUGUACCCGUCCUCCGCUCUUGCGUGUCCGUCCGUUAGACUCAGAGGACUGAGAGAAAGUCUAAGUCACCUUCCUCAGUAUCCAGGCCAGAAGGAGACUCUCGGCUACUCGCCCUGAACAUGCAGAGCAGCACUGGCUUCCCUAUCUCUGGAUGCUGCAGGGGCGUCCUGUCAGGAGUUGUAGUGUCAAGAUUCCAGUUCUUCUUAUGUGACUUGCUGCAUAAGCAGGAAGUUGCUGUUUAUCGGAGAAGAAGGGCUAGGGAGGGAAACAAUCCCGCGGAGCCAUAAGGAGAGGGCAGGAGGUGUCUAGAUAGUGGUAGGCCGGCGGGGGACGGAGGCGGGGGUGUUGAGUCCUGGCCCUUUAAACCCGAGGGGGAGGAUCCGGAAGUGGAUGGGCGGGGCGAAGGGUCCUCGUAUAUAAGAGGGCCCCAGCCGCGCGGGGUCUCUAAUCUGCCAUUUUCUGUCCCUGAGUGAGUCUCUGGCGUUCCAAAUUGCCUGUUUUUCUCGCAGGCUCUAUUCCGUUCGCUGGUUCGCCACCUCAGGGGAACGAUGGCCACGGAGUCCACAGCCACUGCCGCCGUCGCCGCGGAGCUGGUUUCUGCCGACAAAAUUGAAGAUGUUCCUGCUCCGUCUACAUCUACAGAUAAAGUGGAGAGCAACCAUUAAUCUGCUUUCUGUCACUGAAGAUGGGUUGCAUUUUGUAGAAUAUUAUCUAAAUAGAAUCAUACAUCUGGAUGUGGAUAGUGAAGCUAAGAAACUACUGGGUUUAGGACAGAAACAUCUGGUGAUGGGGGAUAUUCCAGCAGCUGUCAAUGCAUUCCAGGAAGCAGCUAGUCUUUUAGGUAAGAAGUAUGGAGAGACAGCUAAUGAGUGUGGAGAAGCCUUCUUUUUCUAUGGGAAAUCACUUCUGGAGUUGGCAAGAAUGGAGAAUGGUGUGUUGGGAAACGCCUUGGAAGGUGUGCAUGUGGAAGAGGAAGAAGGAGAAAAAACAGAAGAUGAAUCUCUGGUAGAAAAUAAUGAUAACAUAGAUGAGGAAGCAAGGGAAGAGUUGAGAGAACAGGUUUAUGACGCCAUGGGAGAAAAAGAAGAAGCCAAAAAAACAGAAGACAAGUCUUUGGCAAAGCCUGAAACUGAUAAAGAACAGGACAGUGAAAUGGAGAAGGGUGGAAGAGAAGAUAUGGAUAUAAGUGAAUCUGCAGAGGAGCCACAGGAAAAAGUUGACUUGACUCUAGAUUGGUUAACUGAAACCUCUGAAGAGGCAAAAGGAGGAGCAGCACCAGAAGGACCGAAUGAAGCUGAGGUCACUUCUGGGAAGCCAGAACAGGAAGUACCAGAUGCUGAGGAAGAAAAAUCAGUUUCUGGAACUGAUGUCCAAGAAGAGUGCAGAGAAAAAGGAGGUCAGGAGAAGCAGGGAGAGGUAAUUGUGAGCAUAGAGGAGAAGCCAAAAGAAGUUUCAGAAGAGCAGCCUGUGGUGACUCUAGAAAGGCAGGGCACUGCAGUGGAGGUAGAAGCAGAGUCUUUAGACCCGACAGUCAAGCCAGUGGAUGUGGGUGGGAAUGAGCCAGAGGAAAAGGUAGUUACCUCUGAAAACAAGGCAGGAAAGGCGGUUCUUGAACAACUGGUAGGUCAAGAAAUGCCACCUGCUGAAGAGUCACCAGAGGUGACAACAGAGGCUGCAGAGGCCUCAGCUGUAGAGGCUGGAUCAGAAGUCUCUGAAAAGCCUGGGCAGGAGGCUCCAGUUCUCCCUAAGGAUGGUGCAGUCAAUGGACCGUCAGUUGUAGGAGAUCAGACUCCUAUUGAACCACAGACUUCUAUAGAAGGACUGACAGAAACAAAAGAUGGCUCAGGACUAGAGGAGAAGGUCAGGGCAAAGCUGGUUCCUAGUCAGGAGGAGACUAAGCUGUCUGUAGAAGAGUCUGAGGCAGCUGGAGAUGGGGUUGAUACCAAGGUAGCCCAGGGAGCUACUGAGAAAACACCUGAAGACAAAGUUCAGAUAGCUGCUAAUGAAGAGACACAAGAGAGAGAAGAACAGAUGAAAGAGGGUGAAGAAACUGAAGGCUCAGAAGAGGAUGAUAAAGAAAAUGAUAAGACUGAAGAAAUGCCAAACGAUUCAGUCCUUGAAAACAAGUCUCUUCAAGAAAAUGAAGAGGAGGAGAUUGGGAACCUAGAGCUUGCCUGGGAUAUGCUGGAUUUAGCAAAGAUCAUUUUUAAAAGGCAAGAAACAAAAGAAGCACAGCUUUAUGCUGCCCAGGCACAUCUUAAACUCGGAGAAGUUAGUGUUGAAUCUGAAAACUAUGUGCAAGCUGUGGAGGAGUUCCAGUCCUGCCUUAACCUGCAGGAACAGUACCUGGAAGCCCACGACCGUCUCCUUGCAGAGACCCACUACCAGCUGGGCUUGGCUUAUGGGUACAACUCUCAGUAUGAUGAGGCAGUGGCACAGUUCAGCAAAUCUAUUGAAGUCAUUGAGAAGAGAAUGGGUGUACUAAACGAGCAGGUGAAGGAGGCUGAAGGAUCGUCUGCUGAAUACAAGAAAGAAAUCGAGGAACUAAAGGAACUGCUACCUGAAAUUAGAGAGAAGAUAGAAGAUGCAAAGGAGUCUCAGCGUAGUGGGAAUGUAGCUGAACUGGCUCUGAAAGCUACUCUGGUGGAGAGCUCUACUUCAGGUUUCAUUCCUGGUGGAGGAGGCUCUUCAGUCUCCAUGAUUGCCAGUAGAAAGCCAACAGAUGGUGCUUCCUCAUCAAAUUGUGUGACUGAUAUUUCUCACCUCGUCAGAAAGAAGAGGAAACCAGAGGAAGAGAGUCCCCGGAAAGACGAUGCAAAGAAAGCCAAACAAGAGCCGGAGGUGAACGGAGGCAGUGGGGAUGCUGUCCCCAGUGGAAAUGAAGUUUCGGAAAACAUGGAGGAGGAGGAGGCUGAGAAUCGGGCUGAAAGUCGGGCGGCAGUGGAGGGGACAGUGGAGGCUGGAGCUACAGUUGAAAGCACUGCAUGUUAAGAGGGGGCACAGCCCUCCUCCCAAGGGAAAGUGUUUUUGUAUAUAAUGUAUUUUUUCACUUUUGGAGGAUUCUUUUUGUAUAACUUCAAUAAAGAUUGUAAGCAAAGGUUGAGGCUUUGAUGGUUUUUUUCUUAAUUAUUGGCUGAAUCUGCCUUGGAGCACUCCUGGUUUUAUAUAUUAGCCAAAGGUUUUGUUUUGGCCUUCUGUACUGAUCGGUGUUCCUGAUCCUAAUUCCUAUCUGUCUAAUGUGGAGGUGAUCAAGUGUGGCUGUAGGCCUUUGUUUUCCAGUGGUGCUAUAUUCUGUUUUCAAACACUUCACUGAACCCAGCUGUCUUGCAAACCUUCAGUGGUGCUGUCCCUGGAUGGGGGCUACAGAAAGAAGACUUGGUGAAGAUUUUGCUCUUCAGUCUGAAAAUGGAUGAUGGACUUUGGCUGUGAGCCAGGCCUAGGAUGGUACUUGUCCUAUAUCCACCUAGUCUUCACCUGGGGCUAUAAUUCUGUCCUGGAAAAAGAACUAAGGAAAAUGGUCUGCAUUUGAGCUCUGGUUUGAAAGUAGCCAAGGGGACUGAUGGUGGACACUCCAGAUGUGGUUGGAAGCAUAUGUGGGGAGGCUGGCUGGUUGAGUUUUGUUAUUUUCUGUAUUGUAGAAAGGUUGAGAUAUAUCAACACUUGGAAUUGUUACCCAUCUGCAGAAUUGACUUCUCAAAUAAAGAUGCUAAAAAUCUC